AUGAGGCAAGACUGGGGUCAUUCUGUGACAAAUGAAAGAGGCAGACAACUCAGAAUCUGGGAACUAAAUGAUGGUCUGACAUUUAGAGCAGUUUCUGUCUCUCCAACGAAACCUACUUUCAUCAGAGGCCAGUCCAUUCUUGACAUCAUAAUCAUGGAUUUGAGACUCGAUCUUCAAAUCUCCAACAACAAAUCCAUUACAGUAGCAGACUAUGACAGUGACCACAAAGCAAUCCUCUUGAAUAUUCUCUGUCAGCAAUUUAACUCAGCCAGUACUCAUAUUCACAAAUUCAAUUAUAAAUCCACAAAAUGGAAGAAAUUCACAAACAAAUUGGAGAAAAACUACAAUCAUAUAAUUCCUCAUGACCAUAACCUAACCACUCAAGAAAUAGACGAUCAUCUUGAACAGAUUAACACCGUCAUUCGCAAGACAGUUGAAGAAACUGUCCCAAGAUUCAAGAAUAACAUAAAUAGUGUCGAUAAAUACCUGAACUCCAAAAUCAAAAAAUUAAAAAAAGACAAGUCACACAUGCUAACUGUGUUAAAUAAAUUGCUAAAAAUGGACCCGAAAGCUAAGUUACCUGCAACACAAACAACCAAAAGCCUUUAUGCACAGAUAAAAUCAGACCUGAAAAAAGAAUUCAAGAAGUCGACUGACAGUUACUGGGCCUCACAAAUUAAAAGGAUAGAUCACAGACGGACUGAUAAUUUCUUUCCUAAAAUAAACAAAUUACUCAGACCUCAUGACCCCAUAGUCAUAGGUGACAUCAAAAGAGAUUUUCUGGAGCCUAAUGUCGAAGCAAGAGCCUGCAUCACGGCCGAUGCCCCAAAUCUAAUCACUGAUCAAACCGUUAAGCUCAACAUUGGAGCCUUCUUCGAGUCUAUCAACACCCCAAGACACACAAACAUUGGUACACGUAUUAAAGAAAUAGCAAAUAAAAACGCAAAUGAGUAUAUUGAAGACCUGUGGGCAACGAGAACCAACAACACGACAAUUACCCUCUUCGGUCCAAGAAAUCCAGCAACACACCCAACAGCUGAUGGUGAAGACAUUUUCUGUGACCCACCUAUAAUCCAAUCAAUCGUCAAAAAAUUACCAAACAAACUCUCCAGCGGGCUAGAUGACAUCCCUCCGAUAGUUUUAAAAUACUUGCCUUUCAACAUCAUCACUUCGUAUGCAAUAAUUUUUAACAACGCAAUCAACAACUGUUACUUUCCAACAGCCUGGAAACGCGCAAAAGUUCUUCCGUUAUUAAAGAAAAAUAAAGAACCAGCCAAUCCUUUCAGUUACAGACCGAUCAGUCUGACUACCAGCAUCAGCAAAGUAUAUGCGAUCAUAAUAAACAAAAAAAUCAUUAAACACUGCGAGGAUAAUAAUAUCAUUCCAAACAACCAGUUCGGAUUCAAACACUGGCACUCAACAACUCACGCCAUUCAUAAAAUUCUUAGCGAUGUUAACACCCUGGUCGGCAAUAAAUAUCUAGUUGCAGCAGCUCUACGAGACCUAGAAAAAGCUUUUGAUUCUGGGUGGAUCAAAGGCAAAGAUCCUGAUAAAAUGAAACUUCAUCUGAACCAUAUCAUCAACAACAUUAAUAGCCAUUACGCAAAAUGGAACCUUAGAAUCAACCCUAGCAAAUGCGAAACCGUCAUAUUCAGGAAACCAGUUCACUACUUGUCAUCAACAACUAAAAAUAAACUCAAGUCUUUUAAGAUUACAACCAAAAUUCCUGGAUCAGAUAUUGAUGCAGACAUCCCCCACGUCAAAUCAGUUAAAUAUCUAGGGAUCCACCUAGAUGAACUUCUCAGAGGCUAUUCACAUAUGAACAUUCAACUGGAUAAAGCCAAAAAAGCCUUCAGGGCAAAUAGCAGAUUCAGGCAUCAGUCAGACAAAAGAAUCACCUUGACAACCAAAGACAUAAAAUGGAAAUCUAAUAUGGUUUACUCAAUUUCGAUACCAUCAGUUGAUUCCAUGGAUUCAAGCAGACUUUCCAGUAAAUACUGGUGGCUGUCAGAGAACUCUACUCACAUCAAAGAACUCAAACAGAGAUUAAAUUCAAAUCAAGUAUUCACGCCUCCGUGA